CUCAGUACGGGGUUGCCACAUCCUUUUCGUGGCGUCAAUAUCGGCAGCUGGCUGGUGCUCGAGAAAUGGAUGACACCCGACGUAUUCUCUGGAACCAAUACUACGGAUCAGUUCACGUUCGAUUCGAUCGAGAAUGGGAAAGCAAAGCUACAACAUCACUGGGAGACGUUCUUCACGGAGAAUGACAUGGCACAGAUAGCCACGUGGGGUCUCAAUGCCGUCCGCAUACCCAUCGGCUACUGGGCGUACGACAACACGGGCACCCGGUACAUUAGCGGUGCAGAUGCUUAUCUCGAGCAGGCAAUCGGCUGGGCUCGCAAGCACGGCAUUAAGGUACUUGUUGACUGCCACGGCUCGCCUGGUUCUCAGAAUGGGUUCGACAACAGCGGUCAAGCCGGUAGCAUUAAUUGGCAGUCGGGCGAUAAUCUGCAACGAAGCAUUGACAUUCUCGUUACAAUGGCGAAGAAGUACGGCUCAGUGGACUAUGCCGAUGUCGUGUUCGCACUCGAGAUUGUCAAUGAGCCUGCUUCGUGGGCUCCGAAUGACUUCAGUGUAACACAACAAUGGGCGCAGCAAGCAUACAGCGCUGUCAAGGGCGCCUCGACCAAUCCUAAUUUAAUCGUUGUUAUGCACGACAGCUUCGAAGGACCUGCAUUGUGGCAGACCAUUGGUGCUGCCAUCAACGGCCCAAACACAACAUACACGGAUUCGCAUUUCGCUCUUGAUGUACACCUCUACCAGAACAUGAUGCCAGAUGAUUCGAAACUCACACAGCCACAACACAUCAACAAGGCAUGUUCCGACUGGAGUACAACCGAGUUUCUCUCUCCAGACUCGCAUCUCCCAGUCUUUGUUGGCGAGUUCAGUGCCGCAACCAACAUUUGCGUGAACCCGGAUAACAGCACCAUCGGCGGAUCUGAAUGCACGAUUGAUGGGUGUCAAUGCCUCUCCAACGUCCCCAUGGAGGAUUGGUCGGCAGGAGCUAAAGUCUGGACGCGGAAGUUCUUCGAGGCGCAAAUGCUGACAUUUGAGCGGCAUGGAGCCGGAUGGUUUUUGUGGUCGUACAAAGUUCCUGACGGAGGAGCAUGGUCG